GUUGCAGAGAGUUGGAUUCUCUCACUGUGUGACUGGGAUGUGAGACCAUGGCUUCUAGAUCAUCCCUCUCCCAUCUGAAGCUGGAGGCUGAGAUAGAGCGCUGCAGGGCUGAGUGUCAGUGGGAGAAGAUUCAUAGCCUGGUCAGGCAGCUCUCCCCCAAGGCUCAGGAAAGCAGCAGCUCUGAUGACUUUACCAAUCUUCUACUCGCAGAGGCGCAGCUUGAACUAUGCCUGAAAGAAAAUGUUGCCAAACUGAAAUCCUCCACUCCAUUAAUGGAAAGCAGCGAGCCAAAACUACAGCAAGCCAAGAACUAUUUGACUGGUAUCCUAAACAGAGGCAAAUUACCACCUAAAUAUCUGACAGAAGUCCUGCUGAUUCUGGGUAAACUGCAUUAUGUAGAGGGGUCCUUCCGGGACGCCAUCAGUAUGUAUGCCCGUGCGGGAUUAGACGACCUCUCAUUGGAAGAUCAGCCUCUCUAUCUAAUGCGCCUUGUGACAGAAGCUUUUCUUAUCAAAGGUUUGUCCUUAGAACAUUCUACUACAGGCAUUGCCUCCCCUGCUCGUCUAUCUGAAAGAGAGGAAGAAGCAGUUUCCUGUUUCGAGAAAGCCAGCUGGAUUGCCCAAGUCUUUUUACAAGAAGUAGAGAAGACUGCAAACAAUUCACAUACAAGAAGUUCCAAAAGCAGCAGCCCGAGUCCCGAUUUUGAGCUGAGCUAUUUCCAGGAAGCAGCCUUGCAGAGUGCGUAUGUGGCCUUUUUUAAAAGAGGAAAAAUUUCAAAAGGAAUUAACGCACUCAGAGAUGUUUUGAGAGUGGUUGACACAAAGGCUAUGCAAACCUUCAAGAUGGCCGCAACGAAGCAACUUGCUGAAGUGCUGUUACACUCGAUAAGUGAGAGUUGCUAUUGGAGUCCUUCAAAAAGUCAGUUGUCAGAGCUUUCCAACAAAGAACAAACUAAUUUCCCUCGCAACAUUCUCCAUCAAAGACCACAGAUUCACUCUGGAGAUAAUCUUUAUUGCCCCCAAGACAACAUUGAGGAGGCACUUCUGCUCCUUCUGAUCAGCGAAUCAAUGGCAAACCGAGAUGCUGUUAUCAGCCGUGCUCCUGACCAGAAAGAAGACCGUGAAGUUAGUCUGCAGAAUGCGUCUGCUGUGUACGACCUUCUGAGUAUCACUAUGGGCAGAAGAGGGCAGUAUGUCAUGCUGUCAGAGUGUUUGGAGAGAGCGAUGAAGUUUGCCUUUGGAGAAUUCCAUCUUUGGUACCAGCUGGCACUGUCAAUGAUCUCAUGUGGCAAGUUUGCGUAUGCUGUUUCGGUGCUAAAAGAGUGCGCUAAACUCCGUCCUACUGACAUCACAGUUCUUCUCCUCGCUGCCAAGACCUGCAUUGGACCACUGCACUGGCUUGACGAAGGCGAACGAUUUGCAAAAAUGGUGACAGAGAUGGGAGAAGAAGCAGGAGAGUCUCUUGCUAAGGGCUAUCUGUCCUUGGGGCUGGUGUACAGUCUUCAAGCUACAGAUGCUACUCAGAAGGGCACUCAAGAUGAUUUAAAUAAGAAGUCCAUUCAGGCGCUCAAAAGAGCACACCAGCUGGACCCUGAAGACCCCCAAAUUAUUAUGUAUUUGGCAUUGCAGCUGGGCUUUGUAAGACAGAUUCCUGAUGCAAUAGAACAUCUGCAGGAAGCACUGAAACUGCAUAAGGAUGAUCGAAAUUGCCUCCACUUGCUGGCCCUUCUUUUAUCAGCUCAAAAACAAUAUCAACAUGCUAUUGAUGUCAUCAACAUGGCAACAGCGGAAUAUCCUGAAAACUUCAGCAUUUUGUUCACAAAGCUUAAAUUAGAGUGGAUACAUAAAGGACCAGAAGAGGCACUGAUUACAUGUCGGCAUAUGCUAUAUUUAUGGCAGAAAUUAUAUAAUUUUUCGCAACUAAAUGAAUGUGAAAAAGAAAGCAGUAUACCUGAUGCCCCUUUGACGAAAAAACCCAGUGGAAUGUUCCUUACACUUCCAGAUUCUCACGAUCCCGAAAAUAGUUCCCAAAGGGCAUCUUCCCUCACAGCGUCUCGUCUGGAACAAGCCAUGUCUGAAAUCACCAUGCACAGCUGUGCACAGAGGCAGGGGUCACUUCAGCAGUGGGUAACGCUGGAACAGAUCUGGCUAUAUGCUGCUGAACUCUUCAUGGAACAGAACCAUAUGAAAGAAGCAGGCUUUUGUAUGCAGGAGGCUGCCAGCCUAUUCCCCACAUCACACACUGUGCUGUACAUGCGUGGGAAGCUCGCAGAGAUGAAAGGCUUUUUGGAGGAGGCAAAGCAAUUGUAUGAUGAAGCACUAACAGUCAAUCCAGAUGGAGUGAAAAUUAUGCACAGCCUGGGGAUCAUUCUCAACAAACUUGGACGUCAGAGCUUGGCAGAGAAGGUUCUACGGGAUGCAGUACAAAUUCAGAGCACCUCUCAUGAAGCCUGGAAUGCACUGGGGGAGGUUUUACAAGCUCAAGGAAAGCACGAAGCGGCUGUAGAAUGUUUUAUCGCAGCCCUAGACCUUGAAUCGAGCAGCCCUAUCAUUCCUUUCACCGUUAUACCCCGUGAACUUUAAAGAA